UGUACCGCAGUACAGAGAGAGAGAAAGGGGAUGGGGCUGUGGAAACAUGCUGCGCAUCAUCAUCAUCCUCCUCAUCCUCAUGAGUUCAGCUACAGCAGCGACGCAGUGCAGGAGCGCAGCGCGCGCACAUCCACCGCGCUAACCUACUAACCAGCGCUACAAGACCGAAGAAUCCGGCGACGACACACAGUUACCCCGCGCCGCGUUCUGUAUGUGAAGUUUCACUGAUUAACGUCUGCAUUUUUAACGCUCUAGAGGGGAAACCGGUUACCGGAGUUUGAAAUCGAACAUUUACACAUGAGCUCGUGCGUCCGAGCACGCGACCGCUCUCUUCCGUCCGGCGCGCGCUGCUAUAAUGCGCCAUUCUCACUGAUGACGCGCACCAGCGGCAAUCUCAGUCUCCUCGUACUUAUUUGAACCUGUCUACCUCUUCUCCGCAAUUUCGCAAUUUUAUUUAUAUCACCUUUUGACUUGUUUCCCUUCACUGAGGCACUCUGAAACAGCUGCUCGAAAAUGUCUGCCGCAGAUGAUGCCAAUCCAGCAGGUGCUCCUGGAGGAGCUGGACCUCCUGCACCGCCUCCGAACACCACCAGCAACCGCCGACUGCAACAGACGCAAGCACAAGUGGAGGAGGUGGUGGAUAUUAUGCGUGUGAAUGUGGAUAAGGUUCUGGAGAGGGACCAGAAGCUCUCUGAGCUGGACGACAGGGCGGAUGCUCUGCAGGCCGGGGCGUCACAGUUCGAAAGCUGUGCCGCCAAACUCAAGAACAAAUACUGGUGGAAGAAUUGCAAGAUGAUGAUUAUUAUGGGUGUCAUUGGAGUCAUCUUCAUUGGAAUCAUUUUCUUGUAUUUCUUCUCUUGAGCCGGUCCACCUGCAAAACGAACAAGAAAGUGAACGAGUGGAUGAAGAAAACACAGUCGUGACGCUCUGCCCAUUUUCCACAUCCUUCACGCUUCAAUCCCGAGGUCUCUCCGUUAAGUCAUUUUGCAACUUGGCGUGACAGCAACGCACAGAAAUCUGCUCUCCUUUCUCCUCUCCAGCAGAAUGAGCACAUUUCAGUUUCUCUCUCUCUAUCUCUCUCUCUCUUUCCCUGCCUUCCAGAAUCUCCUGCAUUAUUAAAACCUUCUGCAGACACGCAGACGUUCAUACAUGAAUGCACAGACAGAGCAGAAGAAAAACAGACUUAGAAUAAGUAGAAGAGGCAAGGAAGGAAACAACAUAAAAAGCAAGAUAAAAAAGGAGAGAGAGAGAGCGCUUACAAUACUGUUUAAAAGUUUGAGGAGUUUUAUGAAAAUAAUACUCUUAUUCAUCAAGGAUGCGUUCAUUUGAUCAAUAGGGACAAUAAUGUUAACCUUCAUUUUUAAGCACGGUCUCUACAAAGACAUUUAUAAUAAUAUGAACGUUUGGUUGAAUACUGAAUCGGCGUAUUAAAAUUAUUUCUGAAGGAUCAUGUCUGACUGAAGACCGAAUAAACGAUGCUGAUAUUGCCGGAAUAAAUUUAAGCUUAAAAUAUUUAAAAAAUCGAAAACGUAAUAAUAUUUUACAGUUUUUAAUGUAUUUUUUAAUCGAAUUAAUGCUAAGAAAAAAAACGGGUCCCAUGAUCCUUCAGAAAUAAAAUUAAAAAUGUAAUUAUUGCUAAAAACUCAGGUUUGACCAUGAAUUACUUUUUAAUUACAGAUCGAAAUAUAUUAAAAUAGGGUUAGAUUUUAUUUUAAGGUGUUUUUGUUACAGUGACUGACUGGUAUUAAUUAACUUUUUGAUUUACUUGCAUGAAAUCAUUUGUUGUUAUUAUAAUAGUAAGUAUAUGCAACUUGCGUAAAAAAGCACACCUUAAAAUAAAGUGUAACCUAAAACAGAAUACAGAAUUUUGUUAAAUUGUAAUAAUAUUUCACAAUAUUACUGUUUUCACAGAAUAUGAGAAACAUUUUAAAGCAAACUUUUAAACGUUAGUGUAUGUAACAGAGCUUGUCAAAAUGUGAGAGAGAAAUAGACGAGUAGCGACGUCAGGUUAGACAUCUUUUUCUGUCUCUGUUUUGCCAAAGCUUAUAUCUGACCUUUUGGAGAACUUUUAUAAAUUGAUAUCGACUAAAUCUAAAACCUCUUAACCCAACCCAGUGAUCGAGACGAGAUUCAUGAGCCAUCAUCCACAGACUUCUUUUAUUCCCAAUAUGUAUGUGUACGUAAGACAUUUCCAGAAAAACAGCACAAAUAUACAGAUCAGUUAUGAGAACAGCUGUGGGGUUUUUUUUUUACCGAGGAGCACAGAUUUAGAAAAUAAAUAACAAAAAUAAACGCCUGAACUGUAAUAAAAGGGAAAAAUGAUAACUUGUACACAUACAAAAAAAACAUAUAAGGUAUUUCUUUUGACUUGCAUGGCAGAAUAAUUCCACCGUUGGACUGUUUUAUGUGUGAUGUGUUUAAUUAUUACUAUCGACUGCCUGCUAUAAGCCUCAUUUUCCUGUUCUGUGGAAAAGCCUCAUUCGGGAACAAGAUGUGAAUGCUACAAGCCUGCCAAAAUGUACUAAAACGUACAGAAAAUCACAGAUAAUCAGUGCAAACAGAGCAUAAACAAUAAUCUAUACUGCCAUGCAAUUUACAACUGUUGUUUUUCACAUUCCUUACUGCUGUUGAUUCACAUUCCUUCGUCAGCACAGACUUUUAUAUUUUGUUCUGUUGUUUCAAGACUUAGACUUGUCUUUUUUUUCCUUAUAUGACGACAAAUUAUUAACGAGAGCAUAUAGCAUAACAGAGGGGUAAUGGCGUUAGCUCCGAUGCCAGAGUUUGAUUUUAAUGGCAUAAACAGCAUGCUUAUAUGCCCCUGAUCCUUUAAUGAUGCUAAUAAAGCCAUCGACAAAACCGUA